UCCACAGCAAUGGCUGUGCACAAGGCAGGCAGUCAUCCUGUAAAUAUUUCCGAGCAGAAAAACAUAAGAGCGGAGCGAACAGUCAAUUGUUUUCCCUGCUUAUCUCUCUGGGACAGUAUCCUGCUUUUUUGAAGGCAGGGCUUUUCGGUGACACACAGCUUCCUUCUCAACCUUCUCAACAGUGGUGACUUCACUUCCCAAAUUUAGAGGAAAGAAAAAACUCAAUCCGGUAAAAAAAAGUGUCUCUUCUCUCUCCGCCACAUACCGGGGGCUGGAAUUAAUUCAGGAGCGUGUCAUGUUUGGGAUAUCGUCGGGGUCCGCUGAAAAUUGCGCAAAAUGGACGGAACUAUUAAGGAGGCGCUAUCAGUGGUGAGUGAAGACCAGUCCCUAUUCGAGCCUCCGUACGCUGCUGCUGCCCCUCUCCCCAAGACAGACAUGACUGCAUCUGGCACACAGGACUACGGCCAGACCCACAAAAUCAACCCGCUGCCCCCCCAGCAGGAGUGGAUCAACCAGCCGGUGAGGGUCAACGUCAAGAGAGAAUAUGAGCACAUGAACGGAUCCAGCAGGGAGUCUCCAGUGGACUGCAGUGUGGGUAAAUGCAAUAAGCUCGUAGGGGGGAACGACGCAUCUCAGAUGAACUAUGGAAACUACAUGGAUGAGAAGAAUGCCCCGCCCCCAAACAUGACCACCAAUGAGAGGAGAGUCAUCGUACCUGCAGACCCUUCGUUGUGGUCUCAGGACCAUGUGCGCCAGUGGCUAGAGUGGGCCAUCAAGGAGUACGGCCUGUUAGAGAUCGACACGGCCAUGUUUCAGAACACAGACGGCAAAGAGCUCUGCAAGAUGGGCAAGGACGACUUCCUGCGGCUCACCACCAUGUACAACGCCGAAGUGCUUCUCUCUCAUCUCAAUUACCUCAGGGAAAGUAGCUCAUCAUUAUCCUACAAUACGCCAUCUCACACAGAUCCAUCCCCACGUCUGGCUGCCAAAGAAGACCCUUCAUAUGAUGCCGUACGGCGGACAGGAUGGUCAAACAACAUGCACAGUGGCAAAGGUUCCCCGGUGGUGACUCAGAAUGUGACCAAGUCCACUGAGCAGCCCAGAGCUCAGCCAGAUCCGUACCAGAUCCUGGGCCCAACUAGUAGUCGCCUCGCCAAUCCAGGUUCAGGCCAGAUCCAGCUGUGGCAGUUCCUCCUGGAGCUGCUGUCCGACAGCGCCAACGCCGGCUGCAUCACCUGGGAGGGCACCAACGGCGAGUUCAAGAUGACGGACCCGGACGAGGUGGCGCGGCGCUGGGGCGAGCGCAAGAGCAAGCCCAACAUGAACUACGACAAGCUGAGCCGCGCGCUGCGCUACUACUACGACAAGAACAUCAUGACCAAGGUGCACGGCAAGCGAUACGCCUACAAGUUUGACUUCCACGGCAUCGCCCAGGCGCUGCAGCCGCACCCCACCGAGUCCUCCAUGUACAAGUACCCCUCGGACCUGGCCUACGUGCCCUCCUACCACGCCCACCAGCAGAAGGUCAACUUUGUAUCCCCGCACCCUCCAUCCAUGCCCGUCACCUCCUCCAACUUCUUUGGACCCACCGCUCCGUACUGGAGCUCGCCCACUGCUGGCAUCUACCCCAACCCCAACGUCCCACGCCACCCCAACACCCACGUGCCCUCCCACCUGGGUAGUUACUAUUAAGCCCCCCCACUCCCAUUCUAACCACCCAUUAAAAACCUCCCCUUUCCCUCCAAAAAAGAAUGGCUGAGCUGCACUCCCAAUGACGUCAAACCGAUGAAUAGAGGCAGUUGUCCUCUGAAGAAGUCGUGCUCCUAAAUGAAGGAUGAUAAAAUCGAAGGAGAUUUUUUUAUAUAUAUAUAUUUGUAAGAAUCUAUAAACAACUGGAUGCUACGGUCCAAAAUGGAAUACUACUUACCUUUACCAGACUAAUUUGUUUAUGCUUUUUGGACGUGCGUUUGAGUUUCCUGUGCCUCCUUUUUUCUUUUCCCAACCCUCCAGAAAGCUGCACCUUCAGGUGUCCUUUCCAAAAAAAAAAAAAAAAAACCUCCCCCAAACCAAAGCAGGACAGGAGAACAACUGAAGUCUGUCUCCGUCCACGCCUCGCUACAGAACCAGACAUGGGCCUAUUAUUUAUGGGUCUCAAUCUACAUCCUCCUCAGUACAUUUUGUACAUUACGCUUUAAGCAUCUGCCUUUUUCUGCUUGCCUACAGCCUUGUUGGGGUUUCUUAUUCCCACCACAUCUAGCCUUCUGUUUCCACUGUCUGUCUUGCUGCAUUUUUAUGUGUGUGUGGAGAGUCUUCUGGAAUUCGCUGGACAAGGAGGAGCUCUCAAAGAAGAGAUGGACUUUUCUCAGCACUGAAUGAAAUUUGGCAACUGGAAUAUGCCAUUCACAAUUUUAUUUAUCCUCCAAACUGGAAGGCUAGAGAAGAGUUAAAUGCCGGAGAAGGAAGCGCUGUAUGUUUUGCUGACCUGGGUCAACUCAGUUACUAAAAUGCUUUCUGUGUGUUGUGUGCGAGCUUCAAGAUGGCCGACGUGUGCAGUUGACUCGACUGUGCAGAGGAAGCUGAGUCAACAUGUAAUUGAAGUAAUUUGCAACAAUAAUUCAACCCAGGUCAGAUGUUUUUUUUUCAGGGGGCCACACACUAGGCUAGUAAAUGUUUGCCAUGUUGUUGUUGCCUUUCAGCCAUUUCCAGAUGUUUUGUUGCUCGACCAUGUCAGUAUUAAUGUGAAUGUCUUCUGGUUUGUGAAACACACGUAAAAGGGAAACCCUGCAGCAAAAUCAAAAUUUGUCAGAUGUUUUUCCUCCUGUUAAAUGACAAAAAAAAAACUGAAUUGUUAACACCAUUGCUGCAAAUUUCUGAAUCUAAAAUAUGAAGUGCCUUUUCUGCAGAUGUGUUACACAGAACUGGAUGUUUUUUGGAUGUUUUUUUUUUUUUAAUGCAAAGUGCCUUACAGUGUAUCCAGUCUUUCAACAUUACAUAAUAAGGGAACCUGACCCCCACAGAGCCUUAACUGCUGUUUUAAACCAUAUAUUUUCUGUCCUUUAUACACAAAACAGCAUUUCAUCUUAUAAUCGCAAUGUAUAAAAGAAGUGGACGUAACCCAUUAGUUUGGAGACUACUGCUCUGAAAACUUGGGUUUGGCAUUUUGAUUGUUGCCAUCUUGUUUUUUGGAGCCAGAAGUAGUGACCAUAUUUGGGUAAUAAGAGGGUGGUUGCCAGCCUUGUGGGUGAGGUACCACAAUGCAAACACUCAGUCACCAGCUAACACUAGCUAUCUAAAGGGCUGUUUCCACUACCGGGCAAUACCCAGAAUGAGGCGGGUCUCACUUGCCGAAACGGCCAGAAUUAGAAUAUGAGCCGACCGGAGCGGACUUUUGUCGAGACUUUUUUAGUCCCUUUAGAAGAGCAGGGUCUUUUUGCUCGACUGAAAACAGCCUGGUUACUGAUUGGAUAGAACGCUAAGCAGGAUGUGACGUAGUACUCGACGCCACAACAACACACGGCAUUUGUAAAAGCCGGCGAAGCAGUGUUCCAACUUAGCGACUUUGUUGUUGAAUUUAGCGACUUUUCAGACCCCCUUAGCGACUAUUUUUCAAGAAAGCGACUGGAGACAAAUCCAGAGACUCCUUCCUACUCUGUUAGCGACAGUUAGCUACAUUUAGCUCUGUAGCAGUACAGUGUGUAUGUGCUAACAGGCUAACAGUUAGCUCUGUAGCAGUACAGUGUGUAUGUGCUGCUGCUGCAGGAGGUGUUCACUUAGCGAUCUCUGUUUGUUUACAACAAGCACCAGACACUCUGUGCACAGCUAGUGAUGCCAGUUAAUUCACAAUCACUAUGUUUAUGAUAAGUGGAGACUCUGUGCAUAAUUAGCCAUGCUGCUUUCAGCUGCUGACGUUGUGCACAGUUAGCGACGGUGAAAACCAAACGUCACCUCCAGAGUCUCUAAAUCCCUCUGAGGGCUAACUUGUAAUGGAGACACACAGAGUGAGAGGACUUUAGAGAGGGCGUGGCCUAAGACAUUUGAGAGGGCGUGGCCUGAGACUUUAGAGAGGGCGUGGCCUAAGACAUUUGAGAGGGCGUGGCCUGAGACUUUAGCGGGGGCGUGGCCUGAGACUUUAGAGAGGGCGUGGCCUGAGACUUUCCUGGUGGACACUUUCCCCCUAAAGAAACACGGCUACUCAGUUACCAGCUAUCUAGGUUAGUAAGGUGCAUCUGUAAUUCAUUUUAACAGUGAUAUUAAUUGGGAAGCAAAUUUUGGCUAGCAAAAGGUAAUAUCGCCUACUUAUGGGGGGCCUGAGUCCUUAGAGUGUCUUUUAGAAGAAUCCUAGACUGAAAACAACACUGUGAAAGGGUCAAAGGUCGAAGACAAAAACACAAACAACAGCAAAAAACAACUUAAUGGCUUUUUUAUAAAGUGCCUACCCUGCUUUAUUGUCAAUUUUGCUCCAAAUUAGACCAUAAUAUUCAAAACGAACAUCAUGCUGCACUGAAGAAGACUUGAAAUAGCGAUUGAGACCAUCAUUUUGCCAUUUAUACAAUUGGAUUUCUUUUUGCAACCAGUGGAGUCGCCCCCUGGUGGCCACUACAAAGAAUGCACAUUGAAGGCAAGGCACCGCCGCAUCGGCUUCACUCUGCAGAUCUGGAAGCUAUGCCCACUUCUUUUAUGCAAUCUUUGCUUAAAAUGUGUAGUAAGAUACAAACAUCCUCGUGUUUCAUCAGAAAUCUGACAAUUUUUGAUUUUGAAGUGCACUCUGUCGCUGCCACAGUGUCUCCUUCCUCUUUGUAGGCCAGUCAGGACCGUUUAGGAGAAGUGGCUCAGUAAGUCAUGUUAAUAGACAGUUAGGUUGCAUAUUACCAGGGCUGGAUCCUAGUCUGAGAGCAGCAUGUGUGUUUGAAUGUUAGUUUCUCACUGAUCUAAAGCCCAGUUAAAAUGCACAUGAAUCUCAAGUCAGGAUUUCAUCAUCAUGUGAUCGUAUCGUGUCAAAACACAUCCAUCUUCAGGUGUUCAAAGUUGUUAAUAGCAAGUUUUUCCUUUAGAGUAACUGAAAAUGGACACUUGAAAAUAAAUAAAUUACUUUGGACUAAGUAGUUUAUCAGAGAACAAAAACCAAUAAAGUAUGACGAGAUGAAACAAAGAAAUCCUCAGAUUCGCAAACGCUGUGCGUUUGUCAGACCUAUUUUUUAUUAUUUUAUAAGCAUCAGUCAACUAGGCAUUAAAGCAACUUACUGUAUAAAUUAUGCAGAGUUAUUUUCAUAUGUGACACAGUAUAAAAAGUCAAGAGAAUUAAUACGAGUUGACCUCGGUCAAAAAUGCAAACCUUUUAAGUCCAUUUCUGCUAAGUAGUUUGUUCAGCAUUUUAAGCGAUUUUAUAUCUGUACAUUUGGGCAAUACAUUUUUAACUUUUUUUGUUUUCUUGUUAUUGUAUUAUUUCUGAAAUUCGGUUGUAACAUCUCAAGUGUCUUUAUGUCCACGAGAGAUUUUUUUUUUUGGAUCCCCAAAGCCACAAAUGCCUGCUUGAAUCAUAAUAAUCCAACAGCCAGGGAUUCCUUUACUCUUUAUGCAACACGUGAUUAUGGUGGAUCUUCUCCACUGUGAAUUACUUUUUAUGCUAAAUAGCCCUGGAGUUGAUAGCUUUUCUUUUUUUUUUUAUUAAAGAAUUUCAGGUAUUUUAUGCAAAACAAUACAAACAGUAUUAAUAUCCACAACCAGCUUCUCCUGAAAGUGUAUAGCUUUAAAAGAACAAAAACAAAAAGGGAACUUGUAAUUUGUAGCAUAAAGAAAUUAUUCUAACGUACCCUUGACUUCCAUGUUUCGCGAGCAUAAUCAACCAAAAGGGAUCUGUGCUACUUCGUAUAUGCAAUGUAUUUUGGAUAUCAAAUAUAAAUAUAUAUAUAUAAAUGUGUAUAUUUUACAAUUAACCAAUGUAUUAUUAUUAUUAUUGUCAUUCCUGCAAUGUAUGAAGUAAUACCUUUUGAAAAAGGGCUUUUGUAUAGGAAAAUGUGACAAAAUAAAUGUUUUUACCUCUCAAGA